CCCGCCUCCCAGCUGCUUUUGCUGUAUGGAGUGUUUUGGUGUGUUUCCCUCUGUGUUUUGGCUGCUCGCCUCCCUCGGAGGAGGGAGGGAGGGAGGAGGUAGGUGGGAGGCAGGCAAGCAAGCAAGCAGGCGGAGGAGGAGGAGGAGGAGGCGGUUCUGGCUGCAGCUCUUGCUGGCUUUGUCACAUCGCUGCUGCCUGCGGGAGCUUCCACCAUGCAUACCUCGCCCUGCGCCGAGGCGAUGGGAGAUGCCCCCGCGGUUGACAUUGUGGACAUCUAUGAAUCCAUACGUGAACGGCAGCGUCACGACAGUGAAAGGUCUACUUGUAGCACCUUGGAACAGAACGACAUAGAAGCAGUGGAGGCACUUGUUUGCAUGAGCUCCUGGGGUCAAAGGUCACAGAAAGGCGACCUGUUGAAGAUAAGGCCUCUUACACCUGUCUCGGAUUCAGGUGAUUUCUCAAUGCACACUGAACCCACGUCUGAGUUGCCUAAGGAUUAUAACUUUUUAUCCACACUGUGCAUGACACCACCCUAUAGUCCAGAUUUUGUUGAGCCUUCCACAACAGCACCACUUUCGUCCCAAGCCACUUACUCAAAACUGAGGACAAUCAAGACGAACAUGUCUGCCUGCCUGAUCACUCCUCCAGGUUGUGCUCUUCCCGCACCCAAGCCAGCUGCCCUGAAUUUGGGGGUGGAGUCCAGCCAGAAGCCAGUGAGAGCGGAGCAAGUUGCUCCUCAGCGUUGCAGAGCAAGGGCAACCAGCGUGAUCCGUCACACCGGGGACAGUCCCAGUUACUCCCACCUUCCUCCUGUGCAAACAAAAGCGGAAGCUGCCUCGGGCGCCAGUGCUUCUGCAGACGGGCACGAGGCGCAGGACGGCAGACAUCCCGCAGCCUUGCAAGACUGCGACAUUGCGGACAGCGUAGCUUGUGGCACUUCGCCAGGACGCGAACCGUAUUUGCACAGCUCAGGUUGUUCUAGAGCCACCAGUAAAGGACGUGAACCUGUGAGGCUUGCUUCGCAGCAGACACCUUUCCCGAACGCUUGCGAAAGUGACCCGCAGCAGAAGCCCCCCUCGCUGCUAGCCUCCCCGCUCUCCAACCCCCAAGUGAUCUGCCAAAUGAUUCCCUUGGACGGACAAAGGGGUAUGGUCCCAGGCUUCCUAAAGACCUCUGCUCAGAUGGCAGCGACAGUCAAACCCAUCCUACCCCACACAGCCCCAGUUUCUCAGCCUGUGCUGAUGGGGCCUUCCAUGCCUCAGGGGACUGUUAUGUUGGUUCUUCCGCAGGCUGCUGUUGCCCAGGCGCCUCCUUGCCAACAAACUGUGAUGUCUGUUGGGAAUACCAAGUUGUUGCCCCUGGCCCCUGCUCCUGUUUUCAUUGCCUCUGGCCAAAGCAGCGCACCUCUAAUUGACUUUUCCCGGAGGAGAAAUUACGUUUGCAACUUCCCGGGCUGCAGGAAGACGUACUUCAAAAGCUCUCACCUCAAAGCCCACCUGCGUACUCAUACUGGAGAGAAACCUUUCACCUGUAGCUGGGAAGGUUGUGACAAGAAGUUUGCCCGCUCCGAUGAACUCUCUCGCCACCGCAGAACUCACACAGGGGAGAAGAAGUUUGCCUGUCCGGUCUGUGACCGCCGCUUCAUGCGCAGUGAUCACCUGACGAAACACGCUCGCCGCCACAUGACGACAAAGAAAGUGCCCAGCUGGCAGACAGAAGUUGGCAAACUGAACAGAAUUGCAACCAUGGAGAAGCCUAAGAGUGAGACUUCUUUGAGCAUGCUUCUGCCUAUGCUGUCUUCUGGAUAGCAGGCCUGCUUUGGAAGAUGAACAUUUCAAGAGGAACUUGGGUGGUUUUCAAAAAAACAGCUUUGACUUUUUUUUUCUUUUCUUUUCCAAAG